AUGACUUUACAAGAAGUUAAGGACAAGCAAGAAGCCAUGCAGGCGACUUCAGACCACAUCGACAACACACCAGCGGCCGAAAAAGACUUCGUCUCCGAGAAAGAUUUCGACGGAAACGGGCUCGAUAUGUCCGAGGAGGAGUACGCCGCGGCGGAGAAGAGUCUCGUGAGAAAGUUGGACUUCACUCUCGUCCCUGUUGUCUGGAUUCUCUAUCUCUUCAACUAUCUCGAUCGAAACAACAUCGCCCAAGCACGACUUAGCACUUUCGAGAAAGACCUUGGACUGGUCGGCAAUCAGUUCAAUGUGGCAGUUUCCAUCCUCAACAUCGGAUACAUGCUCAUGCAACUCCCCAGUAACAUGCUUCUCACUCGAACUCGGCCCUCACUUUACAUCCCUGCGUGGACUGCUCUGUGGUCCAUUGUCUCAGCCGCCACUGCCGGGGCAUCCAACUACACCCAUCUUCUGGUCAUUCGAUUCUUUUUGGGUAUCGCCGAGGCACCUUUUUUUCCAGGGGCAAUGUUCUUGCUGAGCUGUUGGUAUCCUCGCAAAGAGUUGGCAUUCAGAACUGCCAUUCUCUACUCUGGAGUCCUACUCGCCACCGCUUUCUCUGGCCUGAUUGCUGCUGGUGUACUCUCUGGCCUGGAAGGUGCCAGAGGAAUCGCAGGAUGGCAGUGGCUGUUCAUCAUCGAGGGAGCUGGCAGUUUCGCAGCGGCAAUUCUCGGCGCAAUGCUCCUUCCAGACUUUCCAGGACAGAAGUCGGGCGUUGCGAAGUGGCUGCUCACGGACAAAGAGCAAAAGGUCGCGGUAGAGCGUAUCCGCAGAGACCGAGUUUCAUUGCCGGAGGCAGACUCCAGUGUCUGGAACGGACUGAAGCUUGCUGUCAAGGAUGUUCGGAUGUGGGUAUUUACUGUCAUGCUCACAGCAAACCACAGCGCGUACGGCUUCAACAACUUCUUCCCCACUAUCGUCAAGGGCUUCAAGCUCGGCAACAACACCUUGACUCUGAUUCUCACCGCCCCGCCGUAUCUACUCGCGACCGUUGUGGCUUUCCUGACGGCGUUCUCAUCAGAUCGUCGCAAGGAGCGUGGCUUUCACAUCUCAGUGCCACAAGGUGUUGCGUGCAUUGGCUUCAUCAUCUCUGUGUCCACCAUCAACAACGCUGCGCGCUACGUGGCAGCGUUCUUGUACAUCUGCGGAUGCUUCUCGAGCAAUGCCAUGGUAUUCAGUUGGGCUAGCUCGACUCUGAACCAGACGCCGGAGAAGAGGGCGUGUGCGACGGCAAUCAUCAACUUGCUCAGUCAGCUUGGAAAUAUCUGGAGCCCGUACUUCUUCCCCUCUCAUGACAGUCCGCGAUACGUCAUGGCGAACUUGUUGAUGAUGGCUUCAUCUGCCUUGAGUAUUGUCACAUGUGUGAUCAUGAAGAUCAUGCUUACGAGAGCGAACAAGACGUUGAAGGCGGAAGGCCGGGACACAAAUCUGUUUACGCUGUAA